AUGUCAACUUCCUACACCAAGUUACUCGUUAUUGUCUAUCUCUAUUUUCGUGGAGAUCUUCUUGUAAAUGGAGAAUCCUGUAAUGGUGCGGUUGUUCUCGUUGGAACUAAUAAUGUUAUUAUUGAUAAAAAUAAUGACAAAUGGGGUAUUCGUCUCAAUGGGAAAGUCGAGAUGAAUGGACAAGCACUUACAUCGACAUCAAAUGUUAUACAACUGGCGUAUUGGAACAGAAUCAUUUAUCAAAAAAAUCAAUAUUUUGGAUGGUGGAAAUGGGUCAGCAAUGUAUGGUUGCUUGAGAUGGAUUCUACGAUUGUAGCAUAUUUAACUUCGUCAACUGGAUGUUCAUCUUCGUCUGUUUCAGCUUCAAGUACUUCACCUGCGUCGACAACCACGUAUUUAAGUAUAUUACCACCUAUCCCGUUCGCUCCUCCUCAGUGUAACUCAAGUUAUGUCGGAAGUUUUUGCAAUAUAUCAGUGAAUUUAUGCAAUACUCAACCUUGCGAGAAUAAUGGAACAUGUAUCGAAAAUUCCAGUCUGACAGGUGGAUAUUCCUGUCGUUGUUUAUCAAACUUUAAUGGCAGCAAUUGUGAAUACGAUUAUCAAAUCUGUAGACCAGAUACUUGUCUUUACAACAGUAAAUGCAUCGAAAUGAAUUUGACAAGUUUCUUCUGUAACUGUAGUCAAGGAUACACAGGUGAUCACUGUCAAAACGCGAUUAACUAUUGUACAAAUAUUACAUGUAUGGAUAACGGUGUUUGUCGGCCAUUGUUACUUGAUUACAAAUGUGAAUGUUUUUCGGGUAUUUCUGGGCGGCAUUGCGAAACAAUUGAAACACAUGUGAUCGUCCGUCAAUAUGUUACUAAAAGUUUUACAUUCAUUACUAUUCUCAUCAUUUCAAUCGCUGCUGGUUUUAUCGUCGUGCUCGACGUAUUGAAGUAUCUUUUUCGCAUGGACGUAACUUGGAGAGAACGGCAACACAUUCGAUACAAAAUCUAUCGAAAGAAUUUAGACAAUACUGAGCGACGUAGUUUGAAAAAUGAACCGCUUGAUGAUGAUACAACGACGAGUGAUGAUGUUAAUGUCGAUGAAAUUCUUUUUGAUAAUCUUAGUCCAAUUCCAACACAAUACCAAAACGACGCUAAUGCUAUUGAGUCAUUUGCUUCAUGUUUUUAUAGACGUUACAAUUGCAGACCAGAGUUCUUUGCAGGCUCUCUACAAGAUACUUGUGACGCAGCGUUCAGUCCACUUGAAAUAAAAGACCGUCGUCCAGUACUAGUCUACAUUCACCAUGACAAAAACGACUCGAUCAAUAUGAUUUGCAAAAAAGUCUUCUGCGCAGAGACUAUCAUUGAUUACUUAUUGGAAAAUUAUCUCGUAUGGCCUUGGGAUAUCACUAUCGAAGGCAAUCGCAAAAAGUUGGUACAAGUGUGGAAAGAGAUCUUUUCGACGGAAUUGUUGCCUGAUUUUUCUAUGGAACGAUGUCCCAUGUUUAUUGGUAUUAAACGACGGCUAGCAUCAAAUCAACAUUGGUAUCGAGAGUCACAAUAUGUAUUCGAAGAAAUGAUUGAACAUGAUAUAGUAAUAAGAACCGAUUAUACCGUGCUUCGUGGAAUUUUAUAUCGCAAAUUGUUCGAUUUCAAAGAUGAAUUUGACAAGAACGAGCAAGACUUGGCAUUUGAUCUUCGCGAGCAACGUGAUCUCCGUUGGGAUGUCGUUUUGGAAAUUUGUCAAUAUUUAACACUCAACGAUAUGAUUAACACUUCCCACGAUAGUAUUCUUUUGACACUGUCGGAAAUCAACAUGAAAGUACAGUUAUCGAAUCCUUCGACGAGUUUUAUUAACACGAUUUUUCGGCAGCUCAAGUCAAAACAAAUCGCAUCCGUACAUUUUGAUACGAGUCAGUUUCCAAUAACGCAAAUAUCGAACACUUUGGUGAUGCUCCCAAAUGUUCUUUCACUAACACUGGACAACCUCGAGUCAAUAAAAGAAAUCGAACAAUGGAAUGUCUUUUUUCCUGAUCUAAGUCGCCUGUCACUUCGGUACACCUGUGGAGUCAAUUUGUAUGCAUUCCAUUACAUUUUCGGACACGUUUCAAACACGGUAGAAAAAUUUGAAAUACAUUGCACUCAGUCAAAAUGUAAACAUGGUUGUAAUCUUCCAAACCUUACAGGAGACAUACGAAACGUUACAAUCAAACGUUUUUUACUUGAAAUUGAUCAUUAUACAAAUCCAAAUUCAGACAGUUGCCGACAACCUUAUCAGUCGUGCUUGUGGAGAACGCUAAUUGAGCUGAUUAGCAAUAUGUGCAAUCUUCGACAUGUUGAAUUAGUGGUUAAUGAAGCCGAAACAGUACAAUUGCUAGAUUGGCAACAAUGGCAACGAUUAAUGCAUUGUUGUCGACAAUUGAAUACGAUCGUGCUACGAGUAAAAGAAGAAAUGGAGCACCCGUUGGUUACGAUAGCAACCAUUCAGGAAAGACUACGUGACGUGCGACACACAAUCAAAUUUCGAGUUAUAUUUCAGUAG